UCCCGAAUCGCCAUGGACAACUGCGAUAGGUGGAGAAGCUAAAGCAAUUCGAUUCCUUCCUUCCUCCUCUCCCAAGCCCACAGAUCAGCCGACCUCCAAUCGCCACCGAUUCGCCGGAAUCCCACCAGCCAUCACCGGCGGUGGCCCCGCAUAGGGAGAGAGGGGGGUGGGUAGCGGGUAGCCGGAACCCUAUCCGAUCGGCGUGGGCGAGACUCCCCGCCUUUUUCUUUCUCCCUUCGCCGCCUCGCGUGGGCGGGUGUCUGGUUUGUGUGGUGGGGGCGAAUGCCGGGGGCGCGCCCACUGGUCUGGCAGGGCCCCCCUCGCCGCGCCGCCCCUUGCCUUCGCCUCGCUCCGCGUGCCCUCGCGCGGCCGGCUGCUCCGCUACUUAUGUAGCAUGUUGCUAGGGCUUUCGCUGCUCGCGUCGUGCGUCGGGUUCGUUGUCUUGUGGUCUUGAAUGGGCCAGAUGGUUUCGGAUGAUAAAUUUGAAGAGCAGGCCGCUCGUAAUGGUGAAAUUAUUAAGAAUGGAAGGGAAAUCCUAUUCCAGGCUUUUAACUGGGAAUCCCAUAAGCACAACUGGUGGAGCUAUUUAGAGGACAAAGUUGUUGACCUAGCAAAAUCAGGGUUUACAUCAGCAUGGCUGCCUCCACCAACACAAUCAUUAUCUCCAGAAGGCUAUUUGCCGCAGAACCUGUACUGCCUUGACUCUUGUUAUGGUUCCCUCCAUGACCUAAAAGCAUUGCUUCGAAAAAUGAAUGAAAACAAUGUAAGGGCUAUGGCAGAUGUUGUUAUUAACCAUCGAGUUGGGACUACUCAAGGAUCCAAUGGGAUGUAUAAUCGUUAUGAUGGUAUCCCAUUAUCAUGGGAUGAACGUGCUGUUACAUGUUGUUCUGGUGGAAAGGGAAACAAAAGUACCGGCGAUAAUUUUGAUGGGGUUCCUAACAUAGACCAUACCCAGCCAUUUGUACGGAAGGAUAUUAUUGACUGGUUGAUCUGGCUUCGGGAAAACAUUGGUUUUCAAGAUUUUCGCUUUGAUUUCACGAAAGGUUAUGCAGCAAAGUUUGUGAAAGAAUACAUUGAGCAAUCAAAGCCUCUUUUUGCAGUGGGGGAAUACUGGGAUAGCUGUGAAUAUAGCCCCCCAGAUUACCGUCUGAACUACAAUCAGGAUAACCAUCGGCAGAGAAUUAUCAAUUGGAUGGAUAGCACUGGAGGACUUUGUGCUGCAUUUGAUUUUACAACAAAGGGUAUUCUCCAGGAAGCUGUCAAAGGUGAACUGUGGCGUUUGCGUGACCCUGAAGGAAAACCACCUGGUGCGAUGGGCUGGUGGCCUUCAAGAUCAGUCACAUUUAUUGAAAACCAUGACACAGGAUCCACUCAGGGUCAUUGGCCAUUCCCAUCUGAUCAUAUCAUGGAGGGAUAUGCUUAUAUACUUACUCAUCCUGGUAUCCCCAUGGUGUUCUAUGACCAUUUCUAUGACAAAGGUGAUUCCUUCCAUGGCGGAAUUGCAAAACUGAUGGAGAUUAGGAAAUUCCAAGACAUACACAGCCGUUCGGCGGUCAAAAUCUUGGAGGCCAGAUCAGACCUGUACUCUGCAAUCGUUGACGAUAAGCUGUGCAUGAAGAUUGGGGACGGCUCCUGGUGCCCAAGCGGACCAGAGUGGAAGCUGGCGGCCUGUGGUGAUAAAUAUGCUGUUUGGCAUAACGACGACGCCGUGCGCGUCAACGGCCGGCCCCUCCUCCGUGGUAGGUGCCCGGUCGAUCUGGCCGUCGGCGACGAGGUUUCUCUUCUUCGACGUGGCGCCAGGUAUGGAUUCUCGGUGGAGAAAUUCGUCUCCUGCGAAGGGCCGGAGUUCGUGGCGGCGGAGCCCUGCGGGGAGGUUCUUGUGCUGCGGGCCGAGUCGCUCCUGAAGCGGCUGAGGGCGAUAUCGGAGAGCCAUGAUCCUCUUUCCUUCUUGAGGGAUUCGAACUGUGCAGAGACUUGCAGCGAGGAUGUUCCGGUGAAAAGGGCGAGGGAAGAUGAUUUCUUGCCCCUGAAUACUCCAAUUAAUCCCAUUGCCGAGGAGAAUUUGCCGCUAGAACACUGUAAUCUUGACCAGGGGAAAUUGGAGCAAUGCACUGAUGCAGCAAUUGCAAAAGAAGGCAUUGAUGAGUCCAUUCAAGGAACCAAAGGGUGCAGCAAUGGCAAUACGGAGCAGAAAGACUGCAGCAAUGGGAACACAGAGCAGCAGUACAAUGAGGGUUGCUACUCAGAUGGGAGCACAUUCUUCCUGAAUCGCCUCACUGGUUUUGGGCCUGCCACAAGAGUGGAGAAACAGAGUGGAGUGACACUUCCACAGCUUCUCCAUCCUGUGGACAGUUUGGAGCGAGUAUUUAUCGCAACAUUCACCUCGGAUGUUUCAUGGUUUCUGGAUUACUGCAAGGUUCCACAGAACCUGCCGGUGACAAUAGCAUGCCACAACAAGGAGAGGUGCUGGAGUGCGAGCCAGGAAAGUAGAACAGCAACCCCUUUCGGAAGCUAUCCUAACCUACUAUUAGUUUAUCCCCAAUUCCCUGAAGAGAUAGCAUUUGGAAAAGAUAGAAAGAAGCAAGGAGUGGCAUGCCACCAUCCGAAGCUCUUAGUGCUACAGAGGAAAGACAGCAUGCGUAUUGUUGUCACUUCAGCUAACUUAGUACCUAGACAGUGGUAUCUCAUAACAAACACAGUGUGGUGGCAAGAUUUCCCUUGUAGGUCAUCCCCAGAUUAUUCAGCUCUUUUUAGUAAAGCCGAGGAACCAAAAUCAGAUUUUGCUUCUCAGUUAGUUUCAUUCAUAGCAUUCCUUGUCAAUGAAGUUCCUAGCCAAUCAUAUUGGAUAAAUGAGAUAGCCAAGUACAAUUUUGAAGGAGCUGCUGGAUACCUCAUUGCUUCAGUUCCAGGGAUAUAUGCACACAGGCCUCACUACCUGGAGUCCAAUUAUUGCCUUUCAAGAAAACAGAUAUUACGUACAAAAUUGGCACAUAGAGUGUUUCUUGGUUUUGUCCAAACAUCUGUAGUUGGUCUAUCCCACCGGUUUCACAUGCCAUCUGAUGCUGGUUCUAAACUGAAAGCCUUGUCUGUGCUUCUUAGUAAAUGCCAUGUCAACAUGCAUGGAACUACCGAAGUGAUUUUGAAGAGGAAUACAAAUAUACCUGCAGAUGCUAAUGCUGUGAGUGUCCUUGUUGCUGAUCUGGAUAAAUUUACCGAGGAAGAUUCAGUCCAUCUUGGUUUCCUGCCUAGAGAGGUUGCAAAGUGGGUAUCUCCCCUCAGUGACUUGGGGUUCUUCAAAUUUUCUGGAUUUAUCUACCCCAAAGAAGCCCUGGAAGCUGCAUAUGGAGUAACUAAUACAAAAGUGCAGUUGCUUCUCCAUGUAUCAAAGGGUGCAGAGUUUUCUCAAAUUUCAGGACUGAUCCAGGAUGAGCAUCUUCCUUUGUUGUGCUCAUUACUAGCAUCCUUAAAGCGGUCCCUUGGACUCUGGCGAUUAGAAGAGGUGUUGUCACAUUUCAAAUGGCCUGAAACACUUGAGACUGAUUUUUUCUACAGUGCUUCAUCUAUUGGGACUUCAAUUAAUCCACAGUUCAUUGCAAGCUUUGCUUCAGCAGCUGGUAAACGAUCCAACCCGGAUUUGGAGUCUGAAGAGUCUGAUCCAGAGUGGGGUUGCUGGACAACAAACCAUGAGCUAAAGAAGCCAUCUAUCAAUUUGCUGUUUCCAACAAUUGACAGAGUGAAAAAUGGUGCUUGUGGAAUUCAAUUGUCCAGGCAUUUGUUUUCUCUUCCCGAGAGAACAUGGCAAAGAUUGAGAUCUACUGGUAUAUUUCGUGAUGCAAUCCCACAUCCAUAUCACAGGAUAGGACAUCCUAUGCAUGUCAAGGUUGCCCAGAGACGUUUUAGAUCUCGUCUAGGCAGACACUCAUUUGGUUGGACUUACUGUGGGUCUCACAAUUUCAGUCCAGCAGCCUGGGGGCAUAUACUCCCUCCACCCAAAGCAAAUCCUAGUGAAGUCAGGGCAGUUUCUUCUGGUCCAAGGCUACACAUUUGCAACUAUGAGCUUGGCAUCAUCCUCAUUGUUCCACCAUCGAGCAUGUCAAAGCAGACCAGUGGAAGGAGGCGUGAGAUCAAUGACAUUGCGCUGCCAUUUGUCGUCCCUCCACCGCAAUAUAAGCCAGGUGAUAGGCCUGCGACAUCGUUGGCCAUGCGAGAGGCCAUGGCUGAAGCUAGUAUUCUGCAAAGUAACGAUUUAGUAGACUUGUCGGAGGAUACCGACGAGGAUUUACCUAAUGAAGACAAUGAUGAUGAGCAUUUGAUUGAGCUAUCUGAUUGCUCUCCUGAAGAGAAGGAAGAGGAGAAGAUCUACGCGGAGACGUUAUGGGAGCAAGUAGAUUCUUCACAAAGCCAGGAAAUGGACCAGAAUGACCACUGAAGUUGAAGUGUUUCUGGAGGUUUACGCAGGAGAUGCAUACUUAUGGUCGAUAGGAGAAUUUGCCUGACAAGAAGAGUGCAUAAGUGGAGUUAGUAACAUCACAAACAAAUACGCUCCAGCACUUCUCUGUGAAGUGUCUGAUUGGCUGCUCAGAGAACAAGAAAAGUUCUUGCCAUUGCAUCUCAAACUCUCAAGAGCAGGUAGCCGCACAAUCUGACGAAAUCCGCCUAAAACCAUGAUUCUUUCUCAUUGAAGCUGAUUGAUUCCACUGUCAUUUGUUAGAAUUAGAUUUACAGAGUGCACUGUACACUGUACAUUUGUUGUCAUUCUUUCUUGCAUUGAAAUACAUCUAUACUUCAACUUU